AUGGACAACGCUGAAUUAGCUCUCAGCCAGCCUCCUCAUGGCAAUAUCCCAUGCUCGGAUCAAUGCCAGCCUUCAGCGGUAGACAAGCCGCUCAACAACGAGUCAAGCAACGCGGACCCUGAGCAAUCCUCCCAAGGCAAAGCGGGCCUUGCUCCCCCCGGCUCCAACUCUAGCUCUUCCAAUGAGUACAAGCAUCAACGUCGCGCACUGCGCUGCUGUCUCGGCCUGCAAGAGCUAAUCACCGCCUUCCUUGCCGAGCACACUCGGCCCUCCACCAUCACCAUCCAGGCCACCAACCAUCGACGCAUCAUGCAACAGGCAGGCACACUACUCGUAUCCAUGGAACAUGCGUUGCGCAACCUGCAGCUCGCGAUUCCAGCCAAGUACCGCACUCUAUGGCUUAGGCAUCAGAUCGACGAGUACACCACAACGCUGGAGGCCAUGCGCGAAUUCAUGCGCGCGCCUGGCUCGUCAGGCCGUGUCUUUGACAUCGGUAGGUAG